UCAUACACUCGCACUCGACUCUCCGUAUAAUCAUUAAUUUUGUUAUUCAAUUUAAUUUCGAAUUAAAAUUAAAUUUAAAUUUGGAUUACAAUUUGGAUUUCAAUUUGUAUUUGGAUUUGUUGGAUAUCUUCGGUUCAAUCGAACUCUUCUGCAAAACUCUGCAGAACCCAAAGCGAUCUUCAUGAUGGCGGAUCAUUUGGACGAGCCGCCCACAAAGCGGGUUAAAAUGGAUCCAACGGAUAUCUCGUUGUUUCUGGAAGAGAAUCUGCCCGACGAGCUGGUGUCCUCAAACAGCGGCUGGUCGGAUCAGCUGAGUGGCGGCGGCGGCGGUGGCGCCUCGAAUGUUGGCGUCACAAACACAAACUCAACAGGCGGCGGCGGCGGACCCCAAGCCGUCGUCGGCGUCGGAGUCGGACCAAACAAACAGACAGGCCCUGGCCCUGGCUCUGGGCCAGGAGUCGGUCAGGUUGUCGUUACCUCACAAAUGAACGGAGCCGGCGGUGGCUCCCAGCAGCCUGGCAGCGGCGGCGACGACGGCAGCGGCAACAGCAGCAGCGGAGGCGGCGGCGGAGGAGCGGGCAACCAGCAGCAGCUCCGCCAAAUGCAGCAGCACCAGCAGCAGCUGCAGCACCUACUCCAGCAGCAGCAGCAACAGCAACAGCAGCAGCAGCAGCAGGGCCAGAAGGGGACCAUGGUGGUACCGGGGAUGAACCAAUUAGGCAGCAAAUCCCCAAAUCUGCAGUCGCCCAAUCAGAGCGUCAUGCAGCAGGUUGCCACACAGAUGGGCAUGGUAAAUUCGAUGCCCAUGUCGAUAUCGAAUAAUGGAAACAAUGGCAUGAAUGCCAUACCAGGAAUGAAUACAAUCGCCCAAGGGAAUCUGGGGAACAUGGUCCUCACCAACAGCGUCGGCGGCGGCGGCAUGGGUGGCAUGGUCAACCAGCUGAAGCAGCAGCAGCAGCAGCCAGGCGGUGGCAUGAUCAAUGCCGUUUCAGUGGCAGGCGGACCCGGAGGACCCGUGGGCGCUGGCAGCGGCUCAGUGGCACCCAACCAGCAGGGCAUGCACAUGCAAAACGGUCCGAUGAUGGGUCGCAUGGUCGGCCAGCAGCAUAUGCUGCGCGGUCCCCACAUAAUGGGCGCUGCCGGAGGUGGCAAUGGACCAGGCGGCCCAGGGAAUGGACCCGGCGGCGGAGGACCACGCAUGCAGAAUCCCAACAUGCAGAUGGGACAACUGAAUAGCAUGCCCUACGGCGUGGGCCAGUACGGAGGUCCGGGCGGCAACAAUUCCCAGCAGCAACAGCAACAGCAGCAGCAGCAGCAGCUGCUUGCCCAGCAGAUGGCACAACGGGGAGGAGUCGGUGUCAUGCCGCAGGGCAAUCGCCCCGUGGGCACUGUUGUCCCGAUGCCCAGUUUGGGCGGCGAUGGCACCGGCGGACCCACCGGACAGCUAGUGGGCGGCAAUCCCCAGCAGCAGCAGCAGAUGCUCGGACAGCAGCAGCAGCCGGGUGCCCUUGGACCUCGUCCCCCGCAGCCGAACCAAUUACUGGGCCAUCCGCAGCAGCAGCAGCAGCCAGGAACCUCACAGCAGCAGCAACAGCAGCAGGGAGUCCAGGGUGUCCAGGUGGGAGCAGCAGGCGGAGCGGUGACAGCAGCAGUCGGAGGAGGAGCGGGAAAUCCACAGGCGAACCGCCAGGAUGUCCCCGACGACCGCAAGCGACAGAUCCAGCAGCAGCUGAUGCUCCUGCUGCACGCGCACAAGUGCAACCGGCGGGAGACCCUUAAUCCGAACCGCGAGGUCUGCAACGUCAACUACUGCAAGGCGAUGAAGGCGGUACUGGCGCACAUGGGUACCUGCAAGCAGAGCAAGGACUGCACCAUGCAGCACUGUGCUUCCUCGCGCCAGAUCCUCCUGCAUUACAAGACCUGCAUCAACAGCACCUGCAUCAUCUGCUAUCCGUUCCGCCAGAAUCAUUCGGUGUUCCAGAACGCCAAUGUCGGAGGCGGCGGAGGAGCGGGAGGCGGUGGUGCGACCCCUGGCGGGGGCCCACCAGGCAGCGGAGGGGCCGGCGGUCUCCAACAACAGCAACAGAACCAACCUCUCACCGUGCUCGGUGGCGUCGGGGGAUCACUCGAUGGCAAGCAGCAGCAGCAGCAACAGGUAGGAGCCCCAGGAGGAGCCCAGAAUACGGGCCUCGUGAUGCCCCAGCAGCAGCAGCAGCAGCAGGGCGGUGCACCCAAAUCCAACGCCGAAAUGGCCCAACAACUCGCCCAGCAGCAGCAGCAGGUCCAGCAGCAACAGCAACAGCACCAACAGCAGCAGGAGCUGCGACGCUUCGAUGCCAUGGGCCAGGUGGGACUCUCUCCCGUGACGGCCGGCAAUAUGAUCGGCGGUGGCGCGGGUGUCGGAGCGGGCCAGCAGCAGCAGCAGGGGAUGCCUCCGAGCAUUCGAAUGCAGGGCAUCCCACCCACAGUGCGAGUCCUGGGACCCACGGGUCCCGGUUCCGGUUCCGUCCUGCCCAACGAUGUUAAUAGCCUCCAGCAGCAGCAGCAGCAGAUGCUCCAGGGCCAGUGCAAUGCCGCCAAUGCUGGCAAUCGGCGACGCGGCGGCCUCCCCAACAUGGUCGACCAGCAGCAACAGCAGCAGACGAAUCCCGCACAACAGCAGUUGGGAAACAUUCCCACGGCGCUGUCUGUGAGCGUCGGAGGCUUCGGCAGCGCCAACUUUGGCGGAGGAGCGGCAGACAAGCAGCAGCUGGUGGGGCAGGCGGAUCAGCUGUCGAAGCUGAAGGUGCCCCAAGUUCAUCCCCCAAGUGGCGCAGGACCUGGUGGUGCGACUGGCGUGACUGCCGGCGGCCAGGGAUCCAGUGUUCUGAUGCCCGCCGAUACGACGGGUGCCAGCGGGGGGAAUGCGAACGCGAAUCCCAAUCAGAAUGCGGCUGGAGGCGGAGGUGGUGCCGGAGGAGGCGGCGGGACAGGAGGAACGGGUUCCACAGGCAACGACAGCGAAAAGGACUGGCGGGAGUCGGUGACGGCGGAUCUGCGGAACCAUCUCGUCCACAAGCUCGUGCAGGCCAUCUUCCCCACCUCCGAUCCGACGACGAUGCAGGACAAGCGGAUGCACAACCUCGUCUCCUACGCGGAGAAGGUCGAGAAGGACAUGUACGAGAUGGCCAAGAGCCGCUCCGAAUACUAUCACCUGCUCGCUGAGAAGAUCUACAAGAUCCAGAAGGAGCUCGAGGAGAAGCGGCUAAAGCGCAAGGAGCAGCACCAGCAGAUGCUCAUGCAGCAGCAGGGCACGGGCCCCGUAUCCGGUUCGGGUCCCGUGGUCGUUCCCGGCGGCGGCCCCGUUGGAGUGCCAGGAGGCGUGGGCGGAGUACCCGGCUCCGUCUCCAAUCCUACGGUGGGCGGUGGCCUGCAGGGCGUCGUGGGGCCGCAACAACAGCAGCAACAGACCCAGCAGCAGCAAUCCGUUGGCGGAGUCCGUCCCAUCAUCAGUCCAAUGGGGGGCGUGAUGCAGCCACAGCAGCUCCGUCCCCAGGGUCCUGGCGGCAUGGUCGUCGGUCAGCAGCAGCAGCAGCCAGUGGGUGGCGGCCCCGUGGGUGUCGCAGGACUGGCAGGAGCACUCGGUGUUGGCGUUGGAGUCGGCGUUGGAGGCCAGGCGAAUAUGGUGACGAUGCGUAGCCACUCGCCCGGCGGCAACAUGCUCACGUUGCAACAGCAGCAGCGCAUGCAAUUCCCGCAACAGCAGCAACAGCAGCAGGCUGGCAACAUGCUGGUGGGUCCUCCGGGACCCAGUCCCGGCGGCAUGGUAGUCAAUCCCGUGCUCUCCCCCUUCCAGACGGCCGCUGGAGCGGCCAAUGUCCUCACCAGUCCAGUGCCUGGCCAACAGCAGCAGCAGCAACAACAGCAACAGCAGCAGCAGCAGCAGCAGCAGUUCAUAAACGCAAAUGGCGGCACCGUAGCGAGCAGCAAUCCGCAGCUGAGCGAAAUGAUGAAGCAGCGACACCUCCACCAGCAGGCGGCGGCGGCAGCGGGCAUGCUCAUGCCCCAGUCACCCUUCAGCAAUGCCACGGCCAUUCAACAGCAGCAGCAGCAGCCGAACAGCAACAGCUUCAACUCUACUAUGCAGCAGCAGCAGCAACAGCAGCAGAAGCCGCCUGGAAGUGUCCUCAACAACAUGCCACCGACACCCACGAGCCUUGAUUCAGCCUUGAGUGCAGGAGGGGCAGGAUCUGGUGCGGCGGGUAGUGGAGGUGCGAAUGGAGGAGGAGGAUCAGCAGGAGGUGUACCCUCGAGUGCGGGUGGAAUGACGGUUUCAGCGCCCAGUCCCUCCCCCGGCGGCGGCGGUGGAGGAUUCAUCUCCAAUGGUCCCGUCGGCACUCCCUCCAACAGCAGCAACACCAACACCAACAGCAACACCAACAACAACAGCAGCAGCAACAGCAUCAUCAAUCCCCCGUCGGUGAACAGCCUCAUGCAGCCAAUGAGCAAUCGAGCCAACACUCCACCCUACGUGCCGGCCUCCCCCGUGCCGGCGACCAGUGCCACCGGCCUGGCGACUAACAGUGCCCCCACCUCGGCGGCAGCAACGUGCGCCAGCAACAGCAAUAGCAAUAGCAACGGCAGCAACGGGAGCAACAGCAACGGCAGCAACAGCAACGGAAGCAACUGCGGCAGCGGGAGCGGCAGUGGCAGUGGCAGUGGGAGCGGCAGUGUGGGAGGAGUUGGAGGCGUUAUGGCCACCACAACGACCACGACGACGUCGGCAACGACGCCGCUCAGCUGCAAUUCCUCCUCGUCGGCGACGGCAACGAUUGCAUCGAGCGGACCGGGCAGCGGAGGCUCUCUUUCGGCGCCGAACAGCAAUCCCCACAUGCUGGCAACGACCUCCUCCGGUGGCAAUGGUAGUGGCUGCAGCAACCAGCAGCAGCAGCAGUCACAGCCGAGCCGCAUGAUGAGCAGCUCGAGCAGCCUAUCCUCCCAAAUGGCCGCCCUGGAGGCAGCGGCGCGUGAUAACGACGACGACACCCCAUCACCCACGAACGACACAAACGGCAGCGGGGGCGGCGGCAAGGCUUCGAAGGGGAAGCUGGACUCGAUCAAGCAGGAGGACGAGAUCAAGAAGGAGUUCAUGGAUGACAGCUGCGGCGGCAACAACGACAGCUCCCAGAUGGACUGCUCCACGGGCGGCAAGGGCAAGAAUGUCAACAACGACGGCACCAGCAUGAUCAAAAUGGAGAUCAAAUCGGAGGACGCCGACGGCGAUGGCAAUGUCAAGAUCAAGACCGAGCCCAUGGAUGUCGACGAGAGUGCCUCAUCGGCCACACACGAAGGCGGCGGCGGUGGCGGCAAGGAUGAUAUCAACGGGGCCCACGAUGGCAUCUCCGGAGCGGGGGGCAUGGACAUCAAGACCAAGAUCGAGCCAAAGCCCCUGGUCCCAGAGCCACUGGCCCUGCAGGCUGGCGACAAGAAGAAGAAAUGCCAAUUCAAUCCGGAGGAGCUGCGCACCGCAUUGCUGCCAACGUUGGAGAAAUUGCUGCGCCAGGAGCCGGAAUCGGUGCCGUUUCGGUAUCCGGUGGAUCCGCAGGCGCUGGGCAUACCUGACUACUUUGAGAUCGUUAAGAAGCCGAUGGAUCUGGGCACGAUACGGAACAACAUCCAGAACGGCAAGUACAGCGAUCCCUGGGAGUACGUGGACGAUGUUUGGCUGAUGUUCGACAAUGCGUGGCUCUACAAUCGAAAGACCUCACGCGUCUACCGCUACUGUACCAAGCUUUCGGAGGUGUUCGAGGCAGAGAUCGAUCCAGUGAUGCAAGCCCUGGGCUACUGUUGCGGCAGGAAAUACACCUUCAAUCCCCAAGUGCUGUGCUGCUAUGGCAAGCAGCUGUGCACGAUACCGCGCGACGCUAAGUACUAUAGCUACCAGAACAGUCUAAAGGAAUACGGUGUCGCCUCAAAUAGAUACACCUUCUGCCAAAAGUGCUUUAAUGACAUCCAGGGAGACACGGUCACACUGGGUGACGAUCCGUUGCAGUCACAAACACAAAUCAAAAAGGACCAAUUCAAGGAGAUGAAGAACGAUCACCUGGAGCUGGAGCCUUUUGUGAACUGCCAGGAAUGCGGCCGCAAGCAGCAUCAGAUCUGCGUCCUCUGGCUGGACUCCAUCUGGCCGGGCGGCUUUGUCUGCGACAAUUGCCUCAAGAAGAAGAACUCGAAGCGGAAGGAGAACAAAUUCAAUGCCAAGCGCCUGCCCACCACCAAGCUCGGCGUCUACAUCGAGACGCGCGUAAAUAACUUCCUCAAGAAGAAGGAGGCGGGAGCGGGCGAGGUGCACAUACGCGUAGUCAGCUCCUCGGAGAAGUGCGUCGAGGUGAAGCCGGGAAUGCGGCGACGCUUUGUCGAGAGCGGGGACAUGAUGAACGAGUUCCCGUACCGGGCGAAGGCCCUGUUCGCCUUCGAGGAGGUGGACGGCAUCGAUGUCUGCUUCUUUGGCAUGCACGUGCAGGAGUACGGAUCCGAGUGUCCGGCGCCCAACACACGACGCGUCUACAUUGCCUACCUCGAUUCGGUGCACUUCUUCCGGCCGCGCCAAUACCGUACCGCGGUCUACCACGAGAUCCUGCUCGGGUACAUGGACUAUGUGAAGCAGCUGGGCUACACGAUGGCCCACAUUUGGGCGUGUCCGCCAUCGGAGGGGGACGACUACAUCUUUCACUGCCAUCCGACGGACCAGAAGAUACCGAAGCCGAAGCGCCUGCAGGAGUGGUACAAGAAGAUGCUGGACAAGGGCAUGAUCGAGCGCAUCAUCCAGGACUACAAGGACAUACUCAAGCAGGCGAUGGAGGACAAGCUGGGCUCUGCCGCCGAGCUGCCCUACUUCGAGGGCGAUUUCUGGCCAAAUGUCCUUGAAGAGAGCAUCAAGGAGCUCGACCAAGAGGAGGAGGAGAAGCGCAAACAGGCAGAGGCAGCCGAGGCAGCUGCAGCGGCGAAUGUAAGCCGAUAUUCCGAGCUCUUCUCCAUCGAGGACAACGAGGUGAGUGGCGAUGGCAAGAAGAAGGGCCAGAAGAAGGCCAAGAAGUCCAACAAGUCAAAGGCCGCCCAGCGGAAGAACAGCAAGAAGUCCAACGAGCAUCAGUCGGGGAAUGAUCUCUCCGCGAAGAUCUAUGCCACGAUGGAGAAGCACAAGGAAGUCUUUUUCGUGAUACGCCUGCACUCGGCACAGUCUGCUGCCAGUUUAGCGCCCAUUCAAGACCCCGAUCCUUUGCUAACCUGCGAUCUGAUGGACGGCCGCGAUGCAUUCCUCACGCUGGCCCGCGACAAGCACUUUGAGUUCUCGUCGCUGCGGCGCGCCCAAUUCUCGACGCUCUCAAUGCUGUACGAGCUGCACAAUCAGGGCCAGGACAAGUUCGUGUACACGUGCAACAAUUGCAAGACGGCCGUUGAGACGCGCUAUCAUUGCACCGUCUGUGAUGACUUUGAUCUGUGCAUUGUGUGCAAAGAGAAGGUCGGACAUCCCCAUAAAAUGGAGAAGCUCGGCUUCGACAUUGACGACGGCUGUGCACCGGCGGACCACAAGCAGGCCAAUCCCCAGGAGGCCCGCAAACAGUCCAUCCAGCGGUGCAUCCAGUCCCUGGUGCACGCCUGCCAGUGCCGCGACGCCAACUGUCGCCUGCCCUCGUGCCAGAAGAUGCAGCGCGUCGUCCAGCACACAAAGAACUGCAAGCGAAAGACGAACGGCGGCUGCCCCAUCUGCAAGCAGCUAAUCGCCCUCUGCUGCUACCAUGCGAAGCACUGUCAGGAGCAGAAGUGUCCCGUGCCCUUCUGUCCGAACAUCAAGCACAAGCUGAAGCAGCAACAGCUCCAGCAGAAACUCCAACAGCAACAGCUACUGCGUCGGCGUGUGGCCCUCAUGUCGCGGACAGCCGCUCCUUCGGCACUGCCCGGACCGGCGGUUAGCGGGCCGACAGUCGUCGCUGGCGGUGUGCCCGUUGUGGGCAUGGCCAAUGUGAUGCCCGUCGGUCAGGCGGCCGUGCUGCUGCCAGGAGUGGGCGGACAUUCACCGUCUGCUGUGCCAGUGCCUUCGCCAGUGUCUGGCAGCGGAAUGGGUGGCAUGACCUCGCCGCAUCCCCAUCAGCCGGGCAUCGGCAUGAAGCCCGGAGGCGGGGGCGGACACCCGCCGUCGCCGAAUGUCCUGCAGGUGGUGAAGCAGGUGCAGGAGGAGGCCGCUCGCCAGCAAGUGCCGCAUGGCGGUGGCUUUGGGAAAGGCGUCCCAAUGGCCCCGCCCGUCAUGAACCGUGCUCUGGUCGGAGGAGUCGGAGGCGUCGGAGGCGUCGGAGGCGUCGGAGGCGUACCCAACCAGAAUGUGAAUCAGCUGGGAGUGGGUAUGGUCGGUGGAGUGGGCGUUGGAGUUGGAGGUGUUAGUGUCGGUGUCGGAGGCGUCGGAGUGAAUCUGAAUCAGCUGGGACCUGGCAUCGGCGGCGGUGGCAAUCCCUCGGGCGGCCCCUUGCCCGGUGCCGGCAACUGCGGCAAUGUCUUGAAUGCCAACAACCUGCUUUCCAUGGACCAGUGGGGCGCCGGCGGUGGAGGUGCGGGUGUGCCCCAGCCGCGGUACGUGAACAACGCCACGGGAAUGCGCCAGCCGAACCAAAUGAUGCAGCAGCAGCAGAACGUCCUCCAGCAGCAGCAACAGCAGCAACAACAACAACAGCAGCAGCAGCAGCAGAUGAUGCUGACCAACCCGAUGGGCGGAGGAGGGGUCGGCGGCGGCGGCCAGAUGCCCGUCGGCGGACAGCAUGGCAUGGGUAUGGGCGGAAUGGGUACGCCAAUGGGAGCGGCCGGUGCCGGAGGCGUGCGUCCACCGCCCGGAGGAGGCGGUGGCCAGGCAGCCGGAAGUUUGAACACGCACCAGCUGGCCCAGAUCAUGCAAAAGAUAAAGAACAACCCCACCAACGAGAGCAACCAGCACAUCCUCACCAUCCUCAAGCAGAAUCCCCAGAUCAUGGCUGCCAUCAUCAAGCAGCGCCAGCAGACACAGAUCAAUGCAGGCGCCGUAGGCGGUGGUGCACCCGGUGGUGGCCUCCAAGCGGGCAAUGGACCCCAGAAUCCCCAGCAGCAACAGCAGCAACAGCAGCAACAACAACAGCAGCAACAGCAACAACAGCAGGUUAUGCAACAGCAGCAGAUGCAGCACAUGAUGAACCAGCAGCAGCAGCAGCAGGCGGGCGGCCCCCAGCAGCAGCAGAUAAAUCCCAACCAGCAGCAGCAGCAAGUGAAUCUGAUGCAGCCGGGUGGACCGGGAGGCCCCCACCAGCGGAUGCCCAAUAUGCAGCAGCAGAACUCUGCCCAAAUGAUGCUCCAGAACCUGCCACCGGGCGUCACCUCUCAGGGAGGAAUGGUGCCGAACCAGAACUGGAACAAGAUGCGCUACGUGCCAAUGAACCAAUACCCGCCUCCGUAUUCGCAAAGGCAGCGCGGCCCGCACAUGGGCGGAGCGGUGGGCCAGCAGCAGCAGCAGUUCCCGGGCGGCGGCGGAGCGGGCAACUUUAAUGCUGGCGGCGGGGCAGGAGCCGUGGGAGUGCCUGGCGGUGUGGCUGGGGGCGGCGGCGGAGGCUCAGGUGGCCCCGGAGCGGAUCAGUACUCCAUGGCAAAUGCGGCUGUGGUGGCGGCAGCGUCCAACAUCCUGCAGCAGGGCCAAGGCGGAGCCGGUGUGGGUGUGGGAGUCGGAGUGGGAGUGGGCGUGAAGCCAGGGCCCGGCCAGCAUCAGCAGCAGCAGAUGGGCGUGUUGCCGCCGGGUAUGCAGCAACAGCAGCAACAACCCCUUCAGCAGCAGAUGAUGCAACAGGUGUCGAUGCCAAAUGCCCCGAAUGCCCAGCAGAAUCCCGCCGUUGUGGGUCCUGGAGGAGGUCCUGGCUCCCAGGUGAUGGGACCCCCCACGCCGCACUCCCUCCAACAGCAGCUAAUGCAGUCCGCGCGCUCCUCUCCGCCCAUCCGCUCGCCGCAGCCGACGCCUUCGCCCCGCUCAGCGCCGUCGCCACGCGCGGGGCCAUCCGCCUCGCCGCGGGCCCAACCCUCGCCCCAUCACGUCAUGAGCAGCCACUCGCCAGCACCUCAGGGCCCACACGACGGCAUGCACAACCACGGGAUGCACCACCAGUCACCGCUACCCGGUGUCCCCCAGGACGUUGGCGUCGGUGUGGGCGUUGGCGUCGGUGUGGGCGUAAACGUUGGCAACUUAAAUGUCGGCAAUGCCGGCGGAGCCCUACCCGAUGCCUCUGAUCAGCUAACGAAAUUUGUGGAGCGGCUCUAGUGCAGCAGCAACAUUGGCCACUCCCUCCACAACCACAACAGCAGCAACCACAGUGGUGGCCACAUCAACAGCAGUAACAUCACGAACAUCGGCCAUGAUAUUGUCAACUAUCGCUACAACGGACAGUCGCCGCACUACUUCUGAUGGUAGCGACAGAGACAGCGAUUUGAGACAUCCAGCAGAGAAUCCAGCAGCGAAUGCAGCAGAGCCAGAGCCAGGGAUCACACUGUGUUAAUCGUAUUGUUAACUUCUUUCUUAAACUUUUACUUUUUUCUACUAUCACAAUUAUCAUGUACUUAUAAGAUUAAGAUGCGUCCCACAGCAACCAGCAGCAACCAGCAGCAGCCGGUAGCCGGUAGCCGGUAGCCAGUAGCAGUCCCUCGAUGUAUAUCAGGAAAGAGGAGAGUAGCCGGAGAGUAGAGAAGUGAUGGAGGAGUGUAGAGAGAGGGACAGGCGAUGCAGAUGCUCUUGCUCCUGCUGCUGUUGCCGCUGUUGGUGGAUGGUUGGGGAUUUUCGUACACCUCCACACGCUCCACACACACGGAUUAUUUGUAGGCUUAGGACAACAUUUGAACAAAUGAGGAAACGCAAAUGCAUUACAGUUAUGAUUAGAAAUUAUCGAUUAUUAAUUCGAUUACGAUCCCUUCAUUUUUUAUAUAGUGUAAUACGACUACGUUUAAAUAGAUCAUACAUACACGUUACUAUGGCAUUAUAAA